GAUUACCAAACAACCGCCAUAAAACCAAAGAAGAAGACGUAGUUGUUUGCAUACUGGAGAAGAGUUGUUGUAAAAAAAGUCAAUUUUAUCAUGUCAAGACGGUGUUAUUUUCACCCCGACUGCAAAUCUCCUAUAUAUGGCCUUCCCAAGGAUGACAAAAUUAGGGAGCAAUGGUUAAGUUUUAUUUUUAACUCGAGUUCUGAACAUAACAACCCCAACAUAUUUCUCUGUGCUGCGCAUUUUACGGAGGACAGCUUCAUUAAUCGUGAAGAAUACAAUGCUGGUAUCGCACAAAUGCUUAACCUGAAAAAGGAAUCAGUUCCUACUUUAUCAGGACAACGUGAUGAUAAUGGACCAAACUCUGAUGUGGAUUGUUGUGAAACUUCAGUCUAUGUGACUGAUGGGAGCUCCACAGACAGUCUGGAUUCAGUGAGCAUACACCAAGAUCAGCUACUGAUGGACAGACGGCUCUCAUCCGGUCCCACACAGGAAUCAGAGCUCGGUCUCACUUUACUUUGUUAUAGCGAGUCAGACAGCGAUCAGGAGGAUGAAUCUAAUGAUAAAAGCACCAAAGAGUCUCAUGAUAUUGUCUGUAACGCUAAAGAACAGCAGGAGAUCCUGCAGACCACAGUGAAGACGUGUUCAGUCCAACUGGAGGAUUGCACGAACCUGAUGGAGAUAAAAAUAGAAACUAUAGAAGAGGAAUGUGACACUGAGGACGAUGAUAAAGAAGAAGAUAAGAAUAAGCGUUAUGAUGAAGAUGAUGAUUUUGACAAUCACUGUAUUCCUUCAGAUGAGAUCAAUGGAUCUUCUGAUGAAGCAAAAACGCACAAGUGUCCAUACUGUAAGAAGAGAUUUCCUGAUGCAUUGAAGGUUAAGUCACAUGUGCGUCUACACACUGAAGAGAAAACGUAUCAAUGCAGCAUAUGUGGAAAAACCUUUAGGCUUUUACGUUCUUUGAGGGCCCACGAAAUAACACACAGGGCGGAGAAACCCUUUCCAUGUUCACACUGUGAUAAACGUUUUAGUAAUAAAAACCGUGUGAUGGUCCACGAGAGAGUUCACACCGGAGAGAAACCGUACCUGUGCCAAGACUGUGGGAAGAGCUUCUCUAAAUCUCAUUCUUUUAGAGUUCAUCUGAGAGUUCACACCGGAGAAAAACCUUAUCAGUGCUCUCAAUGUGAAAAGAGCUUCGCACGUCCCGAGGCCUAUAGGCUUCAUCGGCGAGCUCACACUGGAGUGAAACCUUAUCAGUGUAGUUUUUGUGGGAAGAGUUUCACUCGACGGGACAAUUUAUCGACACAUCAGAGAAUUCAUACGGGAGAAAAACCUUACAAGUGCACUCAGUGUGAUUUGGGAUUUACACAAGCGGUUCUCCUGAGACUCCAUCAGAAAAAACAUACUGCAGGAAAACCUUAACAUCUUUGGGAGAUUUUCAUUCAUUUAGGACCUUUAAAAAACUCAUCAUGCUGAAGAACAAAUUGUGAAAAUGACAAAUAACUAAUAUAAAAGAUUGUUACAAACACUAUUUUACAUUUUGUAGAAGACUUUGUAUUUUCUGUACUGUAUUGAAAAUAAUAGCAGAUUUAAUUAAAAAUCAGAUGUAUUUGCUGUAAGAAUUUUUGUACAUUUCUAGUUCUGUUACAUUUAUAAUGUGAUUUUUUUUAUGUUAAUGCAUGUAUGUGUAUUUAAUUUUAUACAUAUACAUUAUAAAUACAUUUUUCAGUUUUUUUUUUUGUUCACCAGGAAGGUUUUAUUACACAAAUUUAAUGUUAGUACGUGUAUAUUAAUGGAAAAAAAAUUCUGGGAAUGGUCCGUAACUUAAUUCUUGAUUUAAAUAGUUAAUGUUGUGUUGUUAUCUAUCAUUCCUCUAACUAAAAAAAACCUCAAACACAUAAUUUAAUAUAAUGAGGGGGGUUCAUAAUACAUUUUUUAUUCAAAUUCUGUAUCUGUAAUUAUUUU